UCCACUCCCUCAGCCUGUUCCUGCAGUGCACCGCACACUGCCCUCUUUCUUUAAAGCCCCCUCCCCCGUCCUUGCCACCUUCUCACAAGAAAGGAGAGCUGUUGGCAGCAGCUUAGAAUGGUGGUGAUGAUAAGAUGGCUGGUCUAAGCGUUCUCUUGGAAGCACAAAAGAACUCACCAACACACAGCCAUCUCCUCAUAAGCCAAACCUCCCUCGGAAAGAACACCUCUUCUUCUUCUUCUUCUUCUUCUUCUUCCUUCUCUACGAGCUCUUUUCUGGAGCACUGCUUCCUUUGCCGGAGGAGACUACAGGAAGGCAGCGAUAUCUUUAUGUACAGGGGGGACCGGGCGUUCUGCAGCGAGGAGUGCCGGUGCCGCCACAUGUUUGUAGACGAGGAGAGCCGGAGGGCGGAGCAUUGCUCCUCCGCCGCCCCCGCAUCUGCCGCCGGAAAGGGACGGGCCACACCCGGUGGUUUCGCGUACUAGUAGUAGUUGCAGCAGCCGCAAGAAGCUGAACUGCGUGUUUCGUGUUAUGACAUAAAUACCCUCUUCUUUUACUUAAAUUCCUUCCGCCUCGAUCCCUAUCUUAAGGACUUUGCUGUUCAUAUUCUUUUUGGCUGUGUUGUUUAUGCAUUACUUUAAGAAGUGGUUAAGAAGUUGAAAACAAUUAUACUAUUAUUCUUUCUCUUUGUGAGGAUAAUUAUACUUUUU